UGCAUAAAUAUACUUGAAAAUUAGUAGUUGAAUAACAGCGUUGAACUGUUGAAGAUAAUGAGUAGUAGUGAGAGUGGUGAGGUGUUGAAAUUCUCGAUGGCUUUAUCACGAAGGAAACAGGACGAAAAAAAUUUGAAGACUUUACGUGAAUUGGGUGCCUUACCUUCAAAUAAAUAUUGUUUCGAUUGUAAUCAACGCGGUCCUACAUAUGUGAAUGUUACCAUUGGAUCUUUUGUCUGUACAAAAUGUUCGGGAAUGCUAAGAGGUAUAACACCCCCGCACCGUGUCAAAUCCAUAUCCAUGGCGACAUUCACCAACGAAGAAAUAGAUAUUUUGAAAAGUAGAGGAAACGAUUAUUGCAGACAGGUGUGGUUAGGUUUAUACGAAGGCACUCCGCCCAACACCAACAACAACAACAACGCCGACGAAACUACGAUUAAGGAUUUUAUGGUAGAAAAAUAUGAAAAACGUAGGUAUUAUCUCGAUCCAAUUAACGUCAAACCGAUCGAGGAAACGAAAACACCGAAAAUCAACGGAGUCGAGGUGCCGCCGACGCAAAGGCCGAGGCCCGAAAUAAAUAGAAAUAACGCGAAUCCAAAUCGUAAUAAUAAUAUAGUGAUAAAUAAUAACGCGAAUACGAACGGGUUUGUGGCAGAUUUCGAUAAAGCGGACAUCUUCACAGGUACCGGUACCACUACGACUAAUGGUUCCAUUAGUAACGGUACUACCGCGAGGUCACAACAACAACAACAACAACAACGAAAUGGUUUCGCUAAUUUCGAUAAUAACCCGGUGUUUAAUAAUACAUCGACGGAGGACUUCAGCAUAUUCGACUUAAAAUUUACGGACAAUUGCGGUCCAGUUUUAAACCACGUCCCUCUGUUUCCCAAAUGUAACGUGAAUCGUUGGAGUUUACCAUCUACCGGUGUUUUUAAAAACGUAAGUACUAAUUGGGACCAAACUAGUACGACCGCAAAUCUAAACGGUACGCAAAAUCUCAACGGUACCGCUACGGUACCGUCUGAAGAUAGAUACGCCGCCCUUAAAGAUCUAGAUAACGAACUGAAGACACAGAAGACCGGUAGCCUCGAUUGGAGCAAUAGCAAUAGUUCCAACGGAUCUUUGUACAGCUCUCCGACGCCUACGGGCUCCGUGUACAGUUCCCCCUCGCCGCAAAGCUCCAUAUUUGGAUCUCCUAGUCAAGGUCAAUUUAUGACUGCCUUUCCUCAAUCUCAAGACGUUCUGGUAACACCGAACGUAGUUUCUAAUCCGUUCAAAACGAACAGCAUCAACUGGUCGAAUUUGAACGGAGGCGUUCAAACGACGGCGCAGCCGUUCGCGAAUCCUUUCAACGACACGAUCAAAUCGAACGGUUACGCGCAGGGCUUCCAACCGAUAGCCGCUUUUCCAGUUCCAGUCAACGGCGCCGCCAACGGAUGGACACCGAAUCCGUUUAAAAUCGGUGCUGUUAACGGUACGAAUUCGAAUAAUCCGUUUUUAUGAGACUUUUAUAUUAUCGCCGGAAUAUUUUUAGCUCAUUUAACUAUUAGUAGACGCCUAAAAAAAAUUAAUUUUAUCUCAAUCUCUCUCUAUUCACCUCUCUAAUAUAUAUAUAUUUUUUUUAAAUACUAGACGAAAGAAAGAACAAACCCUCGUAACAAAUAAUGGGAGUGACUAUUUAAACGGAAAGUCGUGAAAUAACUUUUAUUUAUCAUAUCGAUUUUUAAUUAAAACAAGAAUAUUACAUUUGUCACCCUGUAUUUAUUAUAUAAUCAAAUAGACGUAACUUUCAUAGCUCGAUAAGUCACUUCUAUAUUUAUCUUUACUUUUAACUAUUUAUUAUUAUUAUUUUUGUUAUGGUGUAUUUAUUUAUAUCAAGUGGAUCUAGAAACUUGUAUCAAAGUUAUGCCAAAAAUGCUUUCGUCUCUAUAUAUAUAUAUAUAUGAAUAUACGUAUAAAAAUAUAUUUAUAAUUUUUAGAGAUUAGGUUUUAUUUUAAAGAUACGCUUAAUUGCAGUUAUCAUUGAACAAUCGGUUGCGUAGUUACUCCUAUUUACAUUAUCUGUUUUUAUUUUAUAGAAACUUUUUGAACUACCAACGAAAACUAUUCGAUAGGUCAAAUGUACCGCGUCGAUAGUUCUUUACUCCAUAUAAUUCACAAAACGUCAGUUGUCAAAUUAUAUUUUUAGGUUGGUCUUGAGAUAUUUCGAUAAUAAUUUUAUUAAAUUUCGUUUUGUACAUAUAUUAAUCUUUUUCGUGUUUUUUUUUUCUAUUAUUUAAUUAAAAAGUGGAUGUAUGAAAUAGGAUAUUGUUAUUUUGAGAAUCUUUUGUUUUCUAAAUAGAAGACAUAUUCUGUGAUAACCAAAAAAAAAAUGCCUAAUCAAAAAUUUUACUGUAGGACGUGAUAGUUUAUUGGUUCCGUCCUUGAUAAUUACUGUGUAUACAAUAUGGAUUCUAAACUGCAAGCACAAUUUAUUAUGUAUUUUCCUGUCUAAAAAAAAAAGGUUGUGUGAAUAAAAUUUGUAACAACA